CUUUUUUUAGCUUUUUAAGCUUUCUUAAAGCUUCCAAAUCAAAACCUUGUAUUUCCCAAGUGUCCAGCUAUGGUUGUGGGAUUCUCUCUUUAACAUCACUCGCCCGGCACUUAAUCCGAGUUUAUUAGACGCACGUAGCACAGUUUGCUCCUCGUUUCCGUUUCCGAUUCCAAUUCCAAUUCCGAUCCCAACUCUCUAAAGUUCCCACCUGUCCUCCGUUCAAGAUUAGACCCUCCCCCGUACUCGAUGUCCUGGAGUUAUGAUCGAUUAUCGAGAUAGACAGAUUGCGUACAUAUAGGAUGCUUCCUUACAUUAAUAUACCGUUCGAGUGGUUGUCUGGAGUGGUGGGGGCUUCUCCUGAUGAGCUCAAGCUCAUAUUCUCCCUCCUCGCUUCUUACCCGCUUGCUGGCCUCUUGAAGCGAGUGCCAGAUGCUCGCCCCGAAUACAAGAAUCUGUUUAACAUAGGCGGAGGGCUGUUUUAUCUUCUAGGCCUAUUCUCGCUAUGGGCCGGCGUUCGAACACUCUUCAUCUCGUCCGCCGUCACAUAUGGCCUCACCUACUACUUACGAACCUCCGCCUACAUGCCAUGGAUAGCCUUCGUGUUCCUUAUGAGCCACAUGGCUGUGAACCAGCUCAGUCGACAAUUUAGCGGUAACCCUUCUGCAGUUGACAUUACCGGUGCACAAAUGGUACUUGUUAUGAAGUUAUCUGCUUUCGCUUGGAACGUGGCAGACGGUACCCUACCCGAGGACCAACUCAGCGACUUUCAGAAGAGCAGAAGAAUAAUCAAGCUUCCCAGCCUACUAGACUAUGCGGGAUAUGUAUUGUUUUUCCCGGGACUCUUGACCGGUCCGGCCUUCGAUUACAACGAGUACCGCGCCUGGAUCGACUGUUCUAUGUUUGACGUCCCGGCCACUAUCGACCCCGCCAAGAAGCCACCCACUAGGAAGAAGCGCAAGAUUCCAAGGAGUGGUACGCCCGCCAUGUUGAAAUUAGCGAGCGGCCUCGGGUGGAUUUGGGUCUUCUUGAACUUGAGCAAGUGGUACGGCCCCGAAGCCCUCCUCAUCGACCGUUCUCCUGCGGCAGGUUUCCUACGCCGCGUUUUAAUUAUGCACAUGGUAGGCUUCACCGCCCGGUGUAAGUACUACGGCGUGUGGUCCCUAGCAGAGGGUUCGUGUAUCCUAGCCGGCUUGGGUUUCAAUGGCGUGGAUCCCGUAACGGGUAAAGUCUCAUGGAACCGACUACAGAAUAUCAACCCGUGGGGUGUGGAGUUGGCACAAAACAGCCGUGCCUACCUUGAGAACUGGAAUAUGAACACUAACAAGUGGCUACGUUACUACAUCUACCUCCGCGUAACACCGCGAAAUAAAAAACCAGGCUUCCGGGCCAGCAUGGCUACUUUUGUGACCAGUGCCUUCUGGCACGGCUUCUACCCGGGCUACUACCUCUCAUUUGUCUUUGCUAGCUUCGUUCAAACCGCCGCAAAGAACUAUCGCCGUCACGUACGACCUUUCUUCCUUGACCCAGCCACGCAGAAGCCACUCCCCAGCAAAAGAUACUACGACAUAGCAUCGUGGAUAGCAACACAAACAACCUUCUCGUUCGCAGUAGCCCCCUUCAUCAUCCUACGCCUGGACGAUUCCCUUCGCGCCUGGAGCCGCGUGUACUACUACGGAAUAAUCACCACGGGCGCUAGCUUAGCGUUCUUCGUAUCUCCAGCUAAAUCUCAACUUCGCCGAAUGCUAGAAGAACGCGCGCGCGGACGCGGCACUAGUAGCGGCAAAACGUCCCGCUCCGCAAGUGCGGAUAGUUCAACAAGUCCGGUGUUGGGCCUUAGCUCCGACCCGGGUAAGGAUAUUGAUGAGGCGUUCCAGGAGUUACGAGAUGAGGUAGAGAGGGUGAAGAAGGAUGUUGACGGGAAGGCGAGUCAGAACGGGAAUGGCGAGGGGAAGAAGGAAUUAUGAUUUAUUCUUAUGGUCAACUCCCCGAGAAAUUUAAUGCCGAGACAUAAGGGCGUCAAAAUAAUUGGCGCACCUCUACUAACAAUUAUCCUGAUAGGUGCGCCACCUUUCUUGACGUCCUGCGAGAUCGACCAAUUCUCAUGUUUAGAGUGGGCUCGACGCUAAUGGAGAUAUCAACCAUGGUACUGGUGAGAGUCGAAUUCAAGUGGCAUGAUCAAGGUUGGCGGUCUAUAAUCCUUGUCUACCUAACUACUGAGGAGUCCGGAAGCAGGCCGGGAAAUCCAACGAUCAGCUAAUGUGAAGUGGAGGGGAAGUAUGUCGCACAACGGACGAAAGGAUGCGAUGAGACGAUAGAAUGAGACAAGAACAUCAGUAGUAAUGCCUCCCUCUAGCGAAAGCCUAGCGUUGAGCAUGAGAAAGAGGAAGAUGUAGAUAAACAUUUACACAUAACUAAUGCAAUAACUACGAAUAAUUUACCAUCACUUCAGUUAUAUAUACAAUAUAAUAUAUAAAAAUUUACAGAAACUUAAUCACAAUUUCAAAUGCAAUAGGUAGUCAAAAG